CUGGUGCGGGUGGAGGUGGUGGUGGGAAACCUGAACGCCAAACUGGGCUGGGCAAUUGGACAGUCGAGUGGUGGACAUCCGACUACUUUCCUCCCCAGCAGCGACAGUGUGGCUUCCGGAAAAUGCAGGCAAUAAAGUGUGUCGUCGUGGGGGACGGAGCCGUGGGUAAAACAUGCCUUCUCAUCAGUUAUACCACAAAUGCGUUCCCUGGGGAAUACAUUCCAACCGUGUUCGACAAUUACUCUGCAAAUGUGAUGGUGGAUGGAAAGCCGAUAAAUUUGGGUUUGUGGGACACAGCUGGACAAGAAGAUUACGACAGACUUCGUCCCCUUUCGUACCCUCAGACAGAUGUCUUCCUCAUAUGUUUUUCCCUUGUAAAUCCGGCCUCAUUCGAAAACGUCAGAGCAAAGUGGUAUCCAGAAGUACGGCACCAUUGCCCCAACACGCCUAUCAUAUUGGUCGGGACCAAACUAGAUUUGCGAGAUGACAAAGUGACGAUAGAGAAAUUAAAGGAGAAGAAACUGGCUCCGAUUACGUACCCUCAGGGUUUGUCCAUGGCGAAGGAGAUUAUGGCCGUAAAAUACCUGGAAUGCUCUGCCCUGACACAAAAAGGGUUGAAAACUGUAUUUGACGAAGCGAUCCGGGCAGUAUUAUGUCCUGUUCCCAAACCCAAAAAACGGACAUGCAACAUUCUUUAAACGCACAAAAUUUUAUUUUUAAUUUGAACUCGGAAUUUGUGUUCUUUGUUUAUUUGCUUAUUAACUACCUUUUCUUCUGCUUACAUGAAUUGCAUUACACUAAUGUAAUAAAUGCACGUUUCGUAUAUGACGAUAACCAA